AUGGCCAGGAAAGUCAGACUUUGUGAUGAAGGCAUUUUCGAGCUUCAUGUUCAAAGGUUCGAGCUAAUCCUUGCACACUCUUAUGAAGCCUCGAUUUUGGGGCGCAGCUUUCGAGGAGCAACCCUGGAAGAACGGCACACCAAGGUUAGGCUGGCACUCGGAGGCAAGGCGCCUCGCGCACUGCAGAAGAGGUAUGGCCAGUCUGCCAAGCUAGUCUCCUGGGCUGAGUUGGAGUCGGUGAAGGCCUUCCCCAUUGAUGGGCAGAUUGCUGAGGAGUUUCUCCGACAUCUUGUUAGCUCGAGCGGCAGGCAUUCGGUGCUUACUGGUGCAGUUGAGUGUUUUGCUUUCCUGCAUCACGUGCUUGGAGUUGACAUGGAGCUGAACGCUUGUAGCAAUCCAAUCGUGCAGGGGAUCCUUAGGAAGGCUCGCUUGGAACGACCUGCAAAGAAGCAGGCGAGAGCCUUGCUUGCCAGUGAAGUUCUUGCCUUGGAAGCUCUACUUGCGGAUGAGUGCCGCCCACUCAUCGAUCGGUUUUGCGCUGGAGCCUUCCUCUUUGCAUUGUAUGGCCGGGCCAGGCUUGGUGAUCUUAGGGUUCUUGACUGCUUCAUAACCGACCUUCUUGAGGACAGUGCUAGCGGUUGUGGCUACCUUGAGGUUUUGUCUCUUUCGCACAAGUGCCGCAGUACCAGCAACAGCCAGGGUAUGCGCAUGCACAUUGUGGUGCCUGCCAAAGGCAUCGGCCCCAGGUGUUGGGGCAAAGACUUCAUCUCGGUUGCGAGGGAGCUGGGUCGUGACCUCACCAGCAUUGCUUCGGGAGAGCCUUUACUGUAUAUGCCAGAUGCUCAUGGGAACUUCUCCAAUGUACCUGCUGACACUGAUCGCUUUGCCGCUUGGGUGCAGGAUCUUCUGUCAACGGUGCCGGCCUACAGCGGGGAUAAGAUCUCAGGGCAUUCAGCAAAGGCCACGCCGUUGUCGUGGAUGGGCAAAGCCGGAACAGAUUUUGAUACGCAAACCCUCCUUGGACACCACGUGCUGGUUGGACGCAGCAGUGCCCUGACCUAUGCACGGGACACGCAGGCGGCUCCGGUCCGAAAGUUUGAGGCUCUCAUAGGCGAUGUGCGCCGAGGGGUUUUCCUUCCUGACUCCACGAGGUCCAGACGUUUUGCACCUGAGGAGCCUGCCGACUCCGAUCCUCCUUUGGACGGUGUUCUGUUCAGUGCCAGAGACAUGUCUAGUGCAUUUCCCACUCCUGAUGAAGGUGGUCCUGAGCCUGUGUUUGCUUUCCCACCGUCACCGCCUCCUCAGCUUGAUGACUCCUUGACUCCUUUUCCGAUGCCUGGUUUCUUGGAUCAGGCUGGUCAGGAUCCAGAAGGCGAGGCUGAUGCUGACUGGCUGGGAGAGCGGGAUUGGUAUGCUGAGGCAGCAGCAGAGGAGCAGGCGCAGCAGCAGGAGGACGAGCCGGACUUGGAAACCGGUGCUGAGGGUUGUGAUGCAGAGCCUGGUGGGAGUGAAAGCUCCUCCAGCAGUGAGUCAUCUACUUCUGAGUCGGUUGAUGAGAGAGUUCAAGCUUCUGGGGAGAGGGCUGGCGAACUUGAGCAUAGAAAGCUCAAUGAGCAGCUCGGUGAUGCAAUGAACCAAGGCGUGACCUCGAGGUCCUGCAAAGGGACUGCUUGGUGCCUCUUUGUCGCCUGGGAUGAUUUCCCGGCAUGGCAGGAGCACUUAUUUCUAAACCUGGCGAGUGUGGCAGCCUUCAGAGCAACAUGGGCGUGA